AUGGCCCUGAUCCGGUCCCUCUUCCGCCAAGCGCACGCCGCUGCCGCCGCCGCCGCCGGGCCCGUUGCCGGUCUCGUCCCAUGUCUCGCCGCGCUCGGACUGGUGCUCCUCCAAGCCGGCGCCGCCGUCAGCGUGUGGAACGCCCGGGAGCGAGGCCAGUUCGACUUCUCGCCGUCGUCGGGCCUGGCGCUGUCCGAGCUCCUCCGGUUCCUGGUCGCGACGUUGCUGCUGAGGCGCGCCAUCCGCCGACGGGCCGCGAGCGCCGAGUAUGCGUCGUUGGACGAUCGAUCGGACGACCUGGAGCUGGACCUUGGCGCCGAGGAUGACGGCCGGUCGUCGUCGACGAGCGAGUUCACCGCCGUCGAAAAGUACAUGCGGGCCUCGACGGUGCAGGUCGGCAGCGUGAGGGCCUUCUGGCGGCACGUCUGGGGAGACGCCGACGUCAGGUUCGGUCUAUUGAGGAUCGCUUUGCUGCAGAUGCUCAGCAAUAACUUGAUGUUCCUCAACUAUCUGGUAACCGACCCGGGCACCGUCUAUCUCACCAAGAGCGGAAUCGCCGUCGCCGCCGCCCUCGUCACCACGCCCGCCUUUGGUCUCAAGGGCCCCAAGACUCGCUGGAUGGCUUUUUUGAUGCAGACUUCCGGCCUCGUCAUCUCCCAGUUCAUGCCGCAGCAUCGCACGCGGGCCUCGACCUACCGCCUGUCCCUCUACACGGGCCUCGUCGGCCAGGCGAGCUUCGGCGCUCUGUCCGACAUAUACAGCGAGAGGCUCCUGAAGGGCACCGACCUCGGCAUCAACGGCGUCAACGUGGUGCUGGGCGCGCUCGGCGCGGUGCUGAACCUCCUCGUGCACGCGCUUGUUCGAUACUACAACAUAUACGAGCCCGCCUUCUUCGACGGGUACGGCGGCAAGGGGGCCCUGGUGGUGGUUAUGAUGGCCAUUACGGCUUUAGUGAGCAACGUCGCAUACAAGAAAGCCGAUACCUGGGUUAGAUGGCUCACGAACGAUGCCACGGGCAUGAUCCUCCUGCUCGUGUCAGCUCGAUACUUCUCGGCGCAGUACAGCCACUUCCUCAUCCCCGGAACGGCGCUCAUCUAUAUCGCCUCCCUGGCGUACAUGAAGUACGCACCCAUCAAGGACCACGGCGCAUCCCCCGCGGACUACAGGACGCACGAAUUUCCUUCGCCGACCGAGUCCAAGAAGAAGCUCAAGCUCAGCCUCCUCACCAUCGCCGGCUUCCUCGGCGCCGGCAUCGUCCCCUUCGCCACGCUCGCCGACCCCCCGCACACCCCCGAGUACCGGCUCGCCAUGCGCGACGACACGGACGGCCACUGUCUCACGCCGCCGGCCAGCAUCAUCCCGCCCUUCACGGAGAAGCAGGAGCCCUACCAGAUCAGGACGGGGCCCGGCAACCUCACGGCGUCGCCCUUCAGCAACACGCUGGCCAUGAUCCGGUGGAACGCCAAGCGCAUGGAGCGCGUGCCGCUGCUGCAGAAGUACAAGCCCUUCUUCCACACGGUGCACAUCUCCAUGCCCGACAUGAUGGAAGACCAGCCCGAGGACUACCACAACCUCACGCACUCGCAGUACCCGCACCACGAGACGGUCUACAUGCAGGUGGCCCACACGAUGCGCCUCCUCCUCGACGAGCACCCGGACGUCGAGGGCCUGCUCUACUUCCACUUCGACUCGUGGAUCGACCCCUUGGCCUGGGUCGACGAGAACCGCCAGUCCAUCUGGUACCCGACCUCGCAGAACACGCGCCAGUUCGCCGGCGACGGCCCGCGCUACAUGUGCAUGACGGACACGCGGGCCUACCCGGACUGGUGGCGGUGGAGCCACAAGUGGAACGAGCGGGCCGUUACCGCCAACGGCGAGAUCCUCCGCAUGGGCCGCGGGUACACGGUCGACGAGGACGAGUUCUGCGUGGGCUGGUCCGACAUCUUCUACGUGCCGCGCCGCUUCUUCGCCGACUUCAUCUUCCUGUCGUACGUCUACGGCUGCGCCGACCUGUUCCACGAGGUCGCCAUCCCGACCAUGCUCAACGUCAUCGACCGCAGCCGCCGCAGCGAGGGCGCCCGCUUCCAGUCCGUCAUCGACCGCAUCGGGGACUGCUGGGGCGGCUGCUGCGACGACUCGGCCACGGCCCACGACGUCAGGUGGACGCGGUGCGGACACCGCCUGAGCUACCUGAACCAGGAGGUCGUCGACGCGCACUACAGCCGCCUGGACGAGCAGACGGCGUGGCUCGCCCAGACCGAGAGGGCGAAAAGCGGGAAAUGA